AUGAAUAUUACAUAUAAUUUAAAAAAAAAAAAUGAUAAGUUCCAUCAUUUCAUAAGUAAUCAUACGCUAAUAUUUUCUAUUAUCCUACUUAUAAAUCUAUUGAUUUUUUUCUCAUUUAUCAAUGGCUACUUUUAUUCAAGACAACAAAUUGAAGAAAAAUCAGAGAACCUUGAGCUUUUUAGUAGAAAAGUAUUUGGAGAUGAAUAUGUAGAAAGUUUGAAAAAACAGAAAAAUACUUUUUCGAUUAUUAAUGCACCAUAUAAUAAAGUAGUUUUACUUUUAAUAGAUUCCUUAAGAUUUGAUUUUAUUCUAUAUGAUACUAAUUAUGAAGAGGAAUUCGUAGAAAAAGAAAAAAAUACAGAUAUCUACAAUAAUAUGUCUAGCGAAAAAAAAAAUAUAUCAAAUGAAGGAAAAAAAAAAGAAAACUCAUUAUAUUUUUUAAAUAAUAUGAUAAAUGUACAUAACAUUUUACAAAAUGAAAAAAAUAACUCUUUAUUAUUCCGGUUUGAUGCAGAUGCCCCUACAAUAACAACUUCAAGGUUAAAAUCUAUUUUUAUGGGUACAAUACCAAAUUAUAUGGAAGUAAAUGAAAACUUUAGUCCUACGACAAGUAUUGAAGAUAAUUUUUUUGAACAGCUACAUUUAAAUAAUAAAAAAGUAAUUGCUAUAGGUGAUAAUACCAUUACUCAUUUAAUGAAACAUUUUUCUAAAGAAUUAGUUUAUGAAAGUUUUAAUGUUUUUGAUUUUUAUACAUUAGAUAUAGCUGCAAAGAAACAUUUUUAUGAAGAGUAUUUGUCAAAUGACUGGGAUAUUAUGUAUAUACAUAUGUUGGCAGUUGAUCAUAUUGGACAUAUAAAAACACCCAACUCAAAAGUUAUGAAAGAUGUAUUGAAAGAUUUUGAUGUAUUCAUAUAUGAUAUUAUAAAUAAAAUAAAAUUAGAUAAUCUUAAAAACCUUAACACAGAACAAAAAGAAAAGGAAAAAAUUAAAAUAAUAAAAAAAAAAAAAAAAAAAAAAAGUCAUCAAAAUGGUACUCAUAUAGAAAAUGAAAAUGAUGACAAUGUUGAAGAUAUUCAAAAUGAUGACAAUAUUGAAGAUAUUCAAAAUUAUGACAAUAAUGAAGAUAUUCAAAAUUAUGACAAUAAUGAAGAUAUUCAAAAUCAAAGUGAUCAAAAAAAUGAUGAUAAAAAAACACUUUUCCUAUUUUUUGGUGAUCAUGGACAGUUAGAUACAGGAGAUCACGGUGGAUACAGUCUAGACGAAACACAUAGUGCUCUUUUUGCAUAUUCACCAUUAACCUUUAUAACUUUAGAUGAAGACAUUAUUCAAAAUAAUUUUGUUUUAUAUGAUAAAGAUAAAUUAAAAAAAUAUAUUAGCACACUUAAUGAAGAAAAUAAUUAUAAAGAAAAUAUAGAUAAUUAUAAAAAAUAUCAUUCAUAUUUAAAAGAUAUAAAUAAAAAAUAUACAUACCAUUAUAAUGUCAAAUAUACAAAACAAGUAAAUUUAAUGAGUACCUUAUCCUUAUUAAUAGGGUCAACAAUACCUUAUGGAAAUAUAGGAAAUAUUAUUAUGGAUUUCAUUCCAAAUGCAUAUAUAAAUAAUAAGAAUAAUUCUUCAUUACCUAAUGAUACUACAAAUUUAUAUUAUGAUCUAUUAAAUUUACAUUAUAUUGCAGAAUUAAAUUAUGCUAACCUGUGGCAAUUGAAUAGAUACUUGAAUGAAUAUGAAAAAAAAUAUAAUAUUAUAAAAAAUGAAGAUUAUCAUUUUAUUAAGUCUUCAUGGUCUAUUAUAGAAAAAGAAAAAAAAGAAUUCUUUUUUCAACCAAAUAAAAAAUUUAUUAAAAAUGAUAAUAUAUUAUUAAAAAAAGAAAAGGAAACAUAUAUACAAUUCAUAAAUGAAAUGACAACUCUAAUGGAUAUCACACAAAAAUAUUUUUACUAUAUAUUCAACAUAAAAGAAAAAUAUUUUUUAAUUUUAUCUAUUGUAUUGAAUAUAUUCUUAUUCUUAUUUUUAAAACAUUUCUAUUAUUAUUCUAAAUUAAAUUAUUACCAUAAAUUAAUAAAAGGUUCCAAGAUUCUAUUAUUUAUUAGUCUAUUCCUUAAUAUUAUAGUAACCUUCGACUAUUUUAAUAAAAAUAUUUAUUUAUUACUUUCUUUAUGUGCAUUCCUUUUAUAUUUUUUUACCUUCUGUUUAUCAAGUAAAGAAUAUAAAGAUAUAUUCCGAAUAUUUUCUCAUGCCAAAAUCAUUUUCAUAAGUAAUAAUAUAAAUAUGAUAAUACCUAGUAUAAAAAAUUACAAUAUCAGUGCCAAACAUAACAUCAAUAAUACGAAUAAUGACAACUACCAUACAUCAUAUAAGCAUAGGAAAUCAUUCACAAAUAAAGAAAAGAAACAAAAUAAUACACAUAUAAAUAUAUUCUAUAAUAUUAUCUAUUUCUUAAGAAUAAUUAGAAAAAAAAUUGUUAAGUAUAUAAUGUUUAUGCAUUUGACAGUAUACAAUCUAACUAUAGGUAAUAUUAUCUAUAUUCUAUUUAAAUUAUUUCCAAAAAUUAUAGCCAUAUCAUUUAAAAUAUUAAGAAAUAAUUAUUUCAUUUUUGUUGUUAUUAUAUGGAGUUGCUGUGAGAUAUCCUUUAAUUAUAUAGAUAAAGAAAGAUAUUACAUUCAUUACAUUUUAAUUGCAUAUGUUUUAUUUUGCCUACUUAAAUGGAAAUCUCACCGUGUCUGUAAUAUACUAAGAGCGUUUAUUUUGUUGUUGCUUCUAAUAACUAAUGCACUGUAUAGCCAUACACCCGAAUAUUUUGAUCACGGUAAAGAAAAAAUAUAUUUAAAAGAAUCCAUACUAAAAUCAUUUUUGCCAAUUUCAUCCUAUAUUUUUAGUAUAAUAUUAAUAAAUAGUGGUAUUAAUAAUUUAUUGAAAAAAAGAAUAAAAAUAAUAAUAAUGCAAAUAUGGACAAUACAAUAUAUACUCGUUUUUUUGUUCUUAAAUAAUAUUUACCAUACAUAUAUUCAAUUUAUAACACCCCCAAGUAUUUAUUUCUUAACUUUUUCAACCUUCAUUUUCAUAUUGUUAAGUAAAAACAUUUUAAAUGAAAAAGAAAAAUUACCAGAUUCUUUAGACAAAAUAUAUGAAGUCUGUAUCACAUUAUUUGUUAUAAUUAUUACGGCAAUACCCUUAUCUUUUAUUAUAUAUAGCAAUACAAAUUUAGGUGUAUUAUUUCUGUUCUAUAUCACAUAUCUAUUAUUCUACUUCAUUCUUAUAAGUUCCAACUAUUCAAAAGAUAUUAACCAAACGAAUGACAUAACACUUAAAUGGAUAAAUGAAAAUAUGGAUAAUACAAAUACGAUGAUAAAUAUAAAUGAAAGCUUGGAGAAUAAAGAAAAGUGUCCUUCAUAUAACACAUCUAUAAAAGAAAAAUUUUAUUAUGAAUUGAUGAUAGAAAAAUUGAAAUUAUUAAAUACAUGUUCUUUAUUAAAUGAAGGAGAAAUAAUGCAAAUACAAAUUUAUAAAUUAAUUAGAGAUAUUUCUUAUUUUUAUAUCAAUGAAACAGAUUUUUAUAUUUUAUCAUGUUUACUUUUAAAAUAUUCUUUUUUUAUAACGGGACAUAAAUUUAUUUUAAAUAACUUACCACUAGUUUCAGGUUAUGUUGGAUUAUAUAAAUAUGUAUGGCCAGUAAGUCAGUUUUAUAUUUUUAAUCAUAUUUUUUUCCCAUUCUUCUUUACAUUAUUUUUUAUUAUUUAUAUUUAUCACAUAAGAAGGAUAAAAAUUAUAAAUUCCUUGAAGAAAUUUGAUUUGAAUUAUUUUUAUGUUUAUCCACUAAUGAACUUUUUCUUCAAGGUCUCCUUUAUGUUUUGUUGCAAGUUUAUUGUAUCUAUAUGGGUUUCAUAUUACUUGAAUCUACAUAUAAUGUUAUAUGACUAUUUCCUACCAAAUAUGUUUUACCUAUUUUUCAUCAACCUUAUCUUUAUUAUAUUUUGUUUGUUGUCUUUCUCAAUGACUAAACAUAUUUUUCUAAGAUAA